AGGGGCCUCCCCGCGCGGUGCACGUCCGCGUCCCGCGCCUCCGCCUCCUCGCUCGUUCGCUCGCUCGCUCCUUCCCGCCCUCCCCGCAGCUCCGGCCGAGCCGGCUCCCCCCGCCCCAGUCUCUCAUGAAUAUUGAGCGGCCCCUGUUGUAUUUCCCGAGCUCCAUUGCGGAAGCCGAGGCUCGCCAUAUUGUGCGGCGGCGCCGGCGGUUGAUCCUCGAGUCUCGCUCCGGCUGUGGCCAGCGCAGCCCCGGGCUGGGGCAGGAGCCGAAAUGUCUCAGGCUGUGCAGACAAACGGAACUCAACCAUUAAGCAAAACAUGGGAACUCAGUUUGUACGAGUUACAACGAACACCUCAGGAGGCAAUAACAGAUGGCUUGGAAAUUGUGGUUUCACCUAGAAGUCUACACAGUGAAUUAAUGUGCCCAAUUUGUUUGGAUAUGUUGAAGAACACCAUGACUACAAAGGAGUGUUUACAUCGGUUUUGUGCAGAUUGUAUUAUCACAGCCCUUAGAAGUGGCAACAAAGAAUGUCCUACCUGUCGGAAAAAACUAGUUUCUAAAAGAUCACUAAGGCCGGAUCCAAACUUUGAUGCACUCAUCAGCAAGAUUUAUCCAAGUCGUGAUGAGUAUGAAGCUCAUCAAGAGAGAGUGUUAGCCAGGAUCAACAAGCACAACAAUCAGCAGGCUCUCAGCCACAGCAUUGAGGAGGGGCUGAAGAUACAGGCCAUGAACAGAUUACAGCGAGGCAAAAAGCAGCAGAUUGAAAAUGGCAGCGGAGCAGAAGACAAUGGUGACAGUUCCCACUGCAGUAAUGCAUCCACACACAGCAAUCAGGAAGCGGGCCCUAGCAACAAACGGACCAAAACAUCUGAUGACUCUGGGCUUGAACUCGAUAACAACAAUGCAGCAGUGGCAAUCGAUCCAGUGAUGGAUGGCGCUAGUGAGAUUGAGUUAGUCUUCAGGCCCCAUCCAACACUUAUGGAAAAGGAUGACAGUGCACAGACAAGAUACAUAAAGACUUCAGGCAAUGCCACCGUUGAUCACUUAUCCAAGUAUCUUGCUGUGAGGUUAGCUUUAGAAGAGCUUCGAAGCAAAGGAGAAUCAAACCAGAUGAACCUGGAUACAGCCAGUGAGAAACAGUACACCAUUUACAUAGCCACAGCCAGUGGCCAGUUCACUGUUUUAAACGGCUCGUUUUCUUUGGAAUUGGUCAGUGAGAAAUACUGGAAAGUGAACAAACCCAUGGAACUUUAUUAUGCACCCACCAAGGAGCACAAAUGAGCUUUUAAAAAGCAAUUCUGAGACUGAACUUUUUCUAGUCUAUCCCUUUACUAUUAAAGAUGCACCGUCGUUACUUUCAUGGACAGAUCUGGGGUAUGUUCAGUUCUCUUUCUGAGCCAGACUUGUUUACACUAUUGGAUUAAUGUCUCCUUAACUUAAAGAUACACUUUUUGGAAGGGACUCUAGUAACUCAGUACUCCUGCACUCCCUUAACAGUAAAUCUAAGUUAUACGCUUAUAGAACAUGUGGUUCCUUUGGGGAGGACACGUUGACCUAGGAGUUUUUGUAGUUCUGUGUUCUUUAUUUUUUUCCUUCCAGUUUUUGGUCUUUUGAGACAGGGUCUCAUUAUAAAGCUCUGGCUAGCCUGAAACUUGCUGAGUAGAACAGGCUGGCCUUGACUUUGGAGUAAUGCUCCUGCCCAAGUACUGAGAUUCUGCCUGGCUUAAGAUUCAGUUGGCCAUCAGCCAUCUUUCCCCCUUUCAAAAGGUUUUAGCUUAAAGAAUGUUGGACAAUAUGUAUUCUGACUUUUUUCCCUUGGAGUCUUGUAUAUUUAUAGUUUUCUAUACAAACUGUAGUAUCUUCAUGAAGACCAAGGCUCAAAUUUACUGUGCUUAAAACAAUUCUCAUAGGAUUAUUAUUUUCUUGGUAUUUUCCUACAUAAUAUCUCAUUUAAAGGAGGUUCUUUAUGAACUUAGUGUCCAUUGUCAUGCAAUGUUUUGGUUUCGUCAUGUGUUUUCACUAUAAGUUUAGAAUUUCUGGUCAUGGGGAAGAGUCGAACAAAGUUCUUUGAGAACAUGGUUCAUUUACAGAUUUCACUGAAGAAAGAGAAGUUUAAGUUGGUGAAAAUAUAUCUAUUCCUUUGUACAUUUGAGAGUUUUUUUCCUUCUGUAUUUUACUGUUCCUUUAUUAUGUAUGUUUGAUGCUUUUCUCUAUUAAAAUACCAGAGAUUAUGGAGAUAUUUUGCACUUUAGCCUUGAUGAAAAGUACAAGAUAUGUUCAAAGCUUCCCCUCAUUUCUUUUUCUUAUUAAUUCAAGAAUAACAUGACAGAGUUAAAACUAGAAAAGAAAGGUUUUGUUUGAAGAGGUUUUUGCAUUUUGAGUUGCCCGGUGUUUAUAAGUUUAGUGCUCUGCUAAUUACACUCUGUAGAAACAGGUUAAUGGAGUGUGAAUAUUAUAUUGAUACAUAGUAAGACAAUUCAGUAGAAGAAUGUCAGCCAGUUGGAUAGCCAUUCACAUUUGUAUUGGCAAGGUGUUGAUAAGUCUGGGAACCACAAGACUUUCUGCUGACCAGUCAGACUUAAUGUUUUAGAUUUCAUUUCUGUCCCGAUGCUACAUAUGUCUCCAAGUUUAUAUUCUCUCAGUAUUUACAAAGACAUGUUUGCAUUGAAAAAUUUAACCCAAAAGGGUUUUGAUAGAAGGAAGAGACUUCCUGUACCAUUGUAACUAAAGUGUCAGUCAUUUUAACUAUUCCUCUGUCCCUUUAGACAGAUUGGGGCCAGCUUGAUGCUUUAAUCUUGAGCCAACUAUGAAAACUUAAAGGCUUAUUAAAUUUUUUACCAUUUUACUGAAAAUAUUUGAAAUCUGUUUUUACAAUUUUUUUGGUAAUCUGUGCCAUAAGAUUUGAAAACCACCAAAAAUUAUACAAACUUUUAUAUCCAACUCCUUUUCUUGGGUAAUGUUAAGUUGUAUGGAUUAUUAAUGCAUGUUCGCUGAAUAUAACUCUUUGUUUUGUGAUGUGAUUGCUUAGAUUUUAUUGAUGAUAUAUUAGAUUAGUAGUUGUAUUAAAUAAUUAAAUUCUCCUUGUGGUUAUUAAUUGAAA